UUGUGAUUUUUCACAGCUGCAGCACCAAUUUCUUCCCUAUCUUGCCUUCCUCUACACACACAAAAUGGCAUGACACCCUUGUGAGCACCACAUAUAUGAAUAAGUGCCCCAAAUACACUCCCACUUUGGAAAAUGCUUGUUGAUCAUUAUCUGAACGAUAUGGAAUUUGUAGGCUCUGCCUUGGAUGAGCUAUGCCUAAGUCCUGAUCAAGAAGGCAGCAGCCAAGGAGGUAGGAUGGGUCGAAGGAGAUACAACGACGAGGAAGAUGAUUCGAUUUACAAAUCCAAGAACCUGAAAGCCGAAAGGAAGAGAAGAGCGAAGCUCAGUGACAGGCUCCUCAAGCUACGAUCAUUGGUUCCCAUCAUCACAAAUAUGAAUAAAGCAACUAUCGUUGAGGACUCAAUCACUUAUAUCUAUGAGCUGCAGAAGAAUGUGAACAUGCUCCAGGACCAGCUCUUUGAGAUGGAAGCAUUGUCUUCACUGGAGGUGCCGGAGCCAAAGCCGAGGAAAGAAGAAAUUGAUGCUGCAGAAGAGAUGAAGAAAUAUGGGAUUCAGGCGGAGGUUAGUGUGACUCAGAUUGAUGGGAACAAACUUUGGAUAAAGGCGGUUCUUGCGAAGAAAAGAGGUGGAUUCACCAAAUUGAUAGAGGCCAUGACUGAGUUUGGCUUUGAACUCACUGAUACCAGUGUCACUACCUCCAAUGGAGCAAUGCUUGUUUCAUCCUGUGUCAUUGGAUUCCAUUGCGAUACACUUGCAGUCGAGCAAACCAGGGAAUUGAUGCUGGAUAUCAUUAAUGGAAUAUAGCUAGAGCUAAUGGAAGUAAUGAAGUACCAUACAGGACUACGUAUUCAUUUUCCUUUGAAGUUCAUACUCAAGUACUCCUUUACUAGUUGGUCUUUGUGUUUGGUUGGCAUAUACCAACCCUGGAAAGACACUAUUAUGUAUCAAUUUUAUAUAUUUAUUAA